GGACCGAGCGCAGCAUCUCUGUCUCAGCGGCACUUUUGCGCCAGACAAGUAGGGACGUUCUCUUGCUCAGCGGUGGAGAAGAAGAAAGAAGAAAAAAAGAAAAAAAAACGGGAAUCCGGGAAUUACUGAGGCGUUUACUGGCGGGGGAGAAAUCAUCUUUCCCCCCCCCCCCCACUCUGAUUGUUUAUUUUUCUUCUAACCUCUUGGGUUUUUAUUUGCAAAGAUGAUCGUUGGCUGCGUCCUGUUGGCGUGCACCUUACUUGUGGGCGCAUCCUCGGGGAGUAGGGCAGGCCUGCCCCUGAAGACUUCUUGUAGACCCGGCUUCUCUCAGAACUUCUACACGGUGAUUGUCCCCAGAGAUGUACUGCACGGCCAGAGCAUUCUCAAAGAUACCACCCUGUCCAGCGAGCGUGUGAAGUUUGAGGAUUGCCAACGCAGCAGAGAGGUGGGCUUUGUCAGCAGCGACCCCAACUUCAGCGUGCGGCCCGAUGGGAGCGUGUACACGGAGCAGGAGGUGGCCAACCUCUCGGAGCCGGUGCAGUUCAUGGUGACGGCGCGUGGGCUCCAUGAUCCCCGCAUUUGGGAGACCACUGUAAAGCUGGCCCUCGCUGGACAUCUUCAUCCUCCUCCACUCUCAAAGAUUGGCUUUGAAGAAAUGCUGUCACGGGUGUGGGAGUCCCAGCCCAGGGUUAUCAAGUUUUCUCGGAGACACCAGAGAGCCUCCUCUGCCAACAGUUUGAGGCGGCAGAAGAGAGACUGGGUCAUCCCGCCCAUCAAUGUGCCCGAAAACUCCCGAGGACCCUUUCCACAUAUGCUUGUCAGAAUCCGCUCGGAUCAGGAUAAGGACGUUGGCAUCCGCUACAGCAUCACAGGCGCCGGAGCCGACCAGCCCCCGAGUGGAAUUUACAACAUAGAUCCCAUCAGCGGCAACAUGUUUGUCACCCAGCCCCUGGACAGAGAGGAGAGAGCCUCCUUCCACCUGCGAGCCCAUGCGGUGGACAUGAAUGGGAACCAGGUGGAGAAUCCGAUAGAUCUGUACAUCUAUGUGAUCGACAUGAACGACAACAGACCCGAGUUUCAAAACCAGGUUUACAACGGCUCAGUGCCUGAAGGGUCCAAACCAGGCUCGUCUGUGAUGCAAGUGACGGCCACAGACUCGGACGACUCCACCACGGCGAACGGCAUGGUGCGCUACCGGAUACUCUCUCAGACCCCCCAUAGUCCCAUCCCCAACAUGUUCACCAUCAACAGCGAGACGGGAGACAUUGUUACCGUGGCCGCCGGCCUGGACAGAGAGAAAGUGUCACAGUACACCAUUAUUGUCCAAGCCACAGAUAUGGAGGGCAAUCUGAACUUUGGGCUCUCAAACACGGCCACAGCUCUAAUUUCUAUCACCGACAUCAACGACAACCCACCAGAACUGACAGUCCGAACGUUCGCUGGGGAGGUGCCGGAAAACAAGGUGAACGUGGUGGUGACCAACUUGACGGUGGUGGACCGGGAUCAGCCCCACAGCCCCAACUGGAACGCUGUCUAUCGCAUCGUCAGCGGCGACCCCUCCGGACACUUCACCAUCCGCACCAAUCCCAUCACCAAUGAGGGAAUGCUUACAGUGGUCAAGCCGGUGGAUUUUGAGAUGAAUCGCGCCUUCAUGCUGACAGUGGUGGUGUCCAACCAGGCCCACCUGGCAAGUGGCAUCCAGUCCUCUCUUCAGUCCACGGCCGGAGUCACCAUCUCUGUCCAGGACGUGAACGAGCCGCCUGUCUUCCCCGUCAGCCCCAAGAUGAUCCGCUUCGAGGAAGGGGUGCCGGCGGGGACCACCCUGACGGUGUUCGCGGCUCAGGACCCAGAUCACUUCAUCCACCAGAUUGUCAGGUACUCUAAAUUGUCAGACCCAGCUAACUGGCUGAAGAUCAACAGGACCAAUGGUCAGAUUACCACCAUGGCCUUGUUGGACAGAGAGUCCAUGUAUGUCAAAAACAACAUGUAUGAAGCCACAUUCUUGGCAUACGACAAUGGUUCGCCUCAGGCCAGCGGGACCGGGACCCUCCAGAUUUACCUGAUCGACGUCAACGACAACGCGCCCGUGCUGAUACCCAAGGAGGCCCAAAUCUGCGAGCGCGCCCGUCCCAACUCCAGAAUCAACAUCACGGCUUCGGAUGCCGACGCCGAGCCCAAUGUCGGGCCGUUCGUCUUUGAGCUGCCUUCGUUUCCUGCCAGCAUCCGCCGCAACUGGACCAUUUCCAGACUGAGUGGCGACUACGCUCAGCUCAGACUAAGGAUUCCUUACCUGGAGGCCGGCGUGUACGAGAUCCCCGUCAUCGUGUCCGACUCGGGGAACCCUCCCCUGUCCAACCGCUCUCUGAUCAGGAUCAAAGUGUGCCCGUGCGACAACAACGGCGACUGUAGCGCCACAGGGGCCGUGGCAGCCGCCGGCCUCGGCACCGGGGCCAUCAUCGCCAUCCUCAUCUGCAUCAUCAUACUGCUGAGUAUGGUUCUGCUGUUUGUGGUGUGGAUGAAGCGCAGAGAGAAGGAGCGGCAGGCGAAGCCUCUGCUGAUCGACCCCGAGGACGACGUCAGAGACAACAUCCUGAAGUACGACGAAGAGGGAGGGGGAGAAGAAGACCAGGACUACGACCUGAGCCAGCUGCAGCAGCCGGAGUCUCUGGAGCACAUAAUCAACAAGCCAACGGGAGUGCGCCGGGUCGAUGAGAGGCCCGUGAUCGCUGAGUCGCAGUACCCCGUCAGGCCCAGUGUGCCCCACCCAGGGGACAUAGGGGACUUCAUAAAUGACGGCCUGAGGGCAGCUGACAACGACCCCACCGCCCCUCCUUACGACUCCCUGCUGGUCUUCGACUACGAGGGCAGCGGUUCGACCGCCGGCUCUGUCAGCUCGCUCAACUCCACCAGCUCAGGAGACCAGGACUACGACUACCUCAACGACUGGGGUCCUCGCUUCAAAAAGCUGGCAGACCUCUACGGGGGAGGAGAGGACGACUGAGAGCGGAGCGCGGGCGGAGUGGGGCUGCGGCGGGGUUUCAGGAGAGGUGGGAAAGGUUGAAAGGAUGGGAAACACAGGCAGCGUCUGACAACGCAAAAGAGACCGCGGAAGAGACCUGAGAGGAUCAGACCCCUUUCCACGGGCCGCAGUAGUCGGUUCGAGCCCGCAGACCUCAACUCUGCUGCAAUGCAACUGUAUUCUGGCUUUAUGGUUUUAGUGCCGAGUUUGUAGUGUGACCAUUUGAGUUUUUUUUUUUUUUUUUUUUUUAUCAUUUCUGUUCUCUCGUCGCGCUGGACCUGGAUUCCCUCCAGGGACGAAUCGAGGUGGCCGCGAGAAAAGCAAAAGUAGUGAAUUUGUGCUUUGAUUGAUUGUUAAAAACAAAACUAUCUCCUGCUUUAGUCUCACACUGAAGAGAAUGUUUUUAUUUGUGGAGGGAGGGGGAGGGGCGCUCACGGACUCUCUCUUUAACUCUGUCAACUUGAAUCUCCUUAGAACAGAAGCACUGUCAUUUUUAUAAAGUGCCUUUUGUGGUGUGUUUUUGUAUCAGACUCCUGCUAUCUCAGGAUUGGUUGCUGUUCAUGCAGUACGACAGGGACACGUUCUGUCGUUAUCCCUCCCGUCGCCCCUCCUGCGCUCCCCAGACCAGACCGGCCACGCCCGUCUCUCUUCUCCUCGCCCGUUCGCUGACACGCAGACAGCCCCCCAAGCAGCCUGUCCCAGGAGGGGAGGGACGCGACCCAGGGCAGACUACCGGAUAUCACUACCCGCUGAAUUAAAGAGUCGUUGAGGGAGGGUCGGACCACCCUCUCCUCCAAGAGCCUGCUCAACUCUCUAGCAUCCCCCGUCAACACAGCAACGUUUUUUUAUACACGUCGGGUUUUAUAAUUUAUUGGAGAAUGCCUGCCUUUCUUCUGUGGACCCAUGAGGUUUAGGAGCCUUUGUGUUGAGACGCUUGCCUGCCCCUUGUAUGGUUUUGUGUUGCUAACUCCACGGUGUAAAGCUUAACGUAGGCAUGAUUCGAUUAGUCCAGCAACGUUAAUCGAGGGGAACUCAAAGGACUCGGAACAAAGACGCCUGAGAAAGAUAUUUCUGGUCGCCUUGAACAUUCCUGUUUUUUCUUUCCUGUUUUUUUUUUUUGUUUGUUUUUUUUUUAGUCCAACAAAAUGAUCAAAAGGUGCAUGAUUCUUUUUGGUUUUUCGUUUGUUUUUUUUUCUUCAAAUGUUUUACUUAAAGCACUUGUUACUCUGUGGUGAGAAUGUGAAAAUAGUCAGCAGAAACUAUAUGAAUAUACUCUGUAUAAAGACACUGAGAAAAUAAAAAAAAUACUGUAAAAUACAUAUUUUUCAAGUAUCAAUAACAUAUAGCAGGGAAAAUAGGUAUUGAAACUGGUCAAUUUUUUGUGAGUAAAUACGUUUGUAAUGGGCCUAUGGCAUGAAUUUAUUCCAGAUGUCGGUAACAAUCAUGGUACUCUAAAUAUAGAAAUCCAAACAAAUUUCAGUUUUCAGAAAGCAUCCCUGCUCUGUGUCAGUUCCGAUAUGUAAAAAAUGUCUUAUUACUAAGGUAUUACACAAGAAACUUCGCUUGAUGAAAGCAGAUGGCUCUCUCAAGACCUUCACAACCUCAGUGUUGUAAAUGUUCUUAUGGAUUCAGCUCCAGACUUAUUUCUGAACUUCUGAACGUUCUGGCGGGUUAGGUCGGGGACAUUUUCUGGAAGUGGCAGGAACAUAAUUUUCAUCAUAAAUCGGUCAUAACCAGGCGCUCCUCUCAAGUAUUCAAAACUUUGGACUAAAGAUAAGAACUAAAAGAGUUGCCCAUAAGCCAAGCUCCACUCCAAGAUACCUUGAAAAAGACCCGGAAUUAGCUGGCCCAGUUUGUUUGUAAUGCACUCAAAUGCAAUGCCCUCUAUGCCCGUGCACAAGACUCCACUGCUGAAGGAAAAGCACAUUCCAGCUCUUUUAUAGCUUGCUGCAGAUAAUUUGGGAAAGCCCUGAGAACAUAGUCUAGUCAAGUGAGUCUACAGCACACGUUUGGAGGAAGAAUGGUGUUGCACCUGGCCCCGAAACACCAGACCAACAGAGAUGUUUUGAGGUGGCAGCAUCAUGGUAUGAGGUUGCAUUUCAGCAUGUGGUAGUUGAUAAGAACCUGAAGACAAAAAAAGUAUUUUUUAUUUUUUUUAAGUAAAACAAUCCUAACCACACAUCCAUGAAUACUCUCUAUGGGUUUCAGAGAGAGAAAGUGGUUCAGUAACUCUGUUGACCGGUCCAGAAUGGUUGAGUCAGUCACUGAUCCAAUUAAAGAUGAAGAAUGAAAAAGGCUCGCAGAUCACAGCAAAGAACAGGCCUCCAAAGACUUGAAGGCAGUUUUUGUGGAUAAUGGGUCAAAAUCACACCUGAGCAAUGCAUGCCGCUGCAUUUUAAAGCAGCUGUAACCAACAAAGGCUGUUGUACUAUGUGCCAAUAAAUUCCAGUAAAUGUCUCACAUUUACAAUUCACAUUAAUAAUAGACACUUAUUUGUGUUGAUUUCUUUGUAGCCCUGGAUUGCUCAAGUUUCUUUCAUGUCAAUAGGCUCAUUAGAAAUAGAUUUUUGGAGCAGAAAGUCGAUAUGUUAUAUAAUACGUAUUUUCCCUGCUUUAAAGUUUGCUGCUCCCCCUCUCGAGCUCCUCAGCGGGCUUUGGUGGCCCGUUCAUUUGUAAAAAAUGUGGAUCUUCUGGUAAGGCGUAAUUGUUUUUUUUUUUCAAGAUGCUUGCUAUUAAAUUUUCUGCUUCAGUUCUGCUAACUUUUUUCAUUUCACAUCUUUUCUAUAUGAAACAUGCCCUAUCGUCUGCCCCUGACAGACGCACUCCCUCGGUCGGCUUCUUGCCUUGGGACGACUCAUUAGCCAUGCCUGCUGAUAUUAUAUUAUUCAAGGUACUGGAGUUCUUUUAUUUAUUCAUCUCGAUACUGGAUGUGUGCUUCAGGAAAUAAACAACACAUGUUUUGAAAA